AUGGAUCUAACUUUCAUCCUGUCCGCUGCCAUCUUCACUCUCCUCGCCAUCGUGGUCGCCACCUCGCUGCUCAGCGGCUCCUCGCCCACGGCGGAGUUCGCCAACGCGUAUUUCGGACACCGGGGAGGAGACGCGUCGGCACCGGGAGUAGAUCCGCCGAGGCUGAACGGCCACGUACCGGACGGGAAGAGCAAGAACAACAAGAAGAGCAAGAAGGCGGAGGACGACUGGUGUGAGAUGAGCGGCAGCGCACACGACCACUGGGAUGUGGUGAAAUCUGUGCUUUCAGAGGAGGCACAUCCUCAUCCUCACACUGAAGAACUGGCAACCCCAGUUGAGCACUCCUCCUCCUCCACGUCCAUGAGCUUAGAGGUAGACUCGCCGCCCGGGGCCUCGUCAGGGAGGGGCCGUAGGUCAUUCAUCGGGCUCUCUGAAAAGGAGCUCAUAAAGUGUGCUUUCUCUUACCCCCAGACUGAAGGAGCCACAGAGAGCCCGGGGAUCAACGAUAAAGUCGAAUCAAAUGACAGCGAGUGCUUGAAGUACAUCCCCGGAAAGGCGCGAUCCCACCACUUGCAAGUGAUGAUGUCCUCGGAGGAGCUGCAGGAGGAGCAGAGGGUGCAACGUGAGCAGCUGUGCGCCAUCUUCCAGCUGCUGAAAGACAACAAGGAGACGUUUGGGGAGGUGUCCGAGGGAGACAUGGAGGAGCAGCUCAGACUCUACUCCAUCUGAGACUCUUGGUGUUGUUGUUUUUUGGGGGGGCGAUCCGGCCUCUGAUUGCAGUCUUUUAAAAACCUGUGAGCGCUACUGCAGGACUACUCCAGUGCAUCUCAAUAAACGACGUGUUCACAGUAUUUCAACGCAGCUGUACAGUCCACUCAACAACCAGCUCUCCUUCUUUUUAAUAUUGUUUUAUUGUGCUGUUGUUACCAUUCAUCCAACCAUCAACGUGAAGACUAAACCAAAAGCAGCUGGACUCUUUUUUUUUCCAGCCCAAAAAGGAUUUUCUAGCUAUCGUAUGACUGAAAAUGUUAAAAAUAUAUUAGUUUUAUAUUAUAAUAAAGAAAAUGUGUUUCUUUUGUAUUUCAAUGUUAUGUUCAUUAAAUCUAACAGGUACAAAUCCUGUAAAGUUCCUUCUGCUUAAUAAAACUCUAUUGUGUAAUAAACCA